AUGCAGCAAGGCCUGGCCGACAAGCACAGACACAUGGUUGUCAUAGUAGACCCCCACAUCAAGCGAGAUAACAACUACGCCGUGCACAAGGGAGCGCAGAACAAGUACUACGUCAAGAAACAAAACGGGGCGGACUACGACGGCUGGUGCUGGCCGG